CCGAGUCGCGGAAGCGCUAAUCGACGUGCUAAUACAAGGGAUCCAAGGCGGAAUGCUGUGCAAUAAAUGCAAGUAACACCUACCAGAUAGCAGGGCACAUAUGAAAGUUCAAAACAAUCACAGGAACCAGGACAUAUCCCGGGAGUUCGUUACUACAUCGCGUCUUUUGCCCGAAGUCCCGCUGGCCUUGUCGAUUCGAACGUCCUCAUUUGCCGCUACGGUGCAUCUCUCGAGAGCUGUUGAUGCGCCCUACGUUUAACGCUCUAUUCUUAUGCGGGACGAUUGAUUUGCAUCUAUUCCUGGCCUCGCCCUCGCUACAGCACGUUUUGAUUGGGCGCUAGCGCACGACCCCAUCCAACGUCCUCCGCCGAGGGCGAGCGGUGCAUCACCGCCUGGCUGACUGCGCGACCCAGACGAUGCCCGCUCGGCGUCAUUCACCUCCGAGCGCGAGCUCACGCCCAACGUCGUGUGUGAUGGGACGACCCCGAGGUGGAAGGGUAUAAGACCCUGCGGCGAAGUGCCAACUGUUUCCUCAGCCGCAUUCGUUCUUUCGUUCAGGGUACUGGUGCCCAAGUCUUCCUUCUUUGUUAUAGCCUUCACUCCCUUCCUUGCUCGGACAGGACCUCUUCGUCACACUCGCUCUCUUUUUGCUCUACGCUUUACGCUCAACCCAAGACUCUCGUUAUCACCAUGGUCCGCGCAUUCUCUGCUGUUGUUCUCGGCCUCUGCGCCCUCGCCGCGCCGCUCGCUGCUAUCGCCGCUCCGGCCGCGCUUCAAGCGAGGACAGUGUCCUCCAAUCUGUCUGGCUACCUUCACAACAUCGGCAGCCACAUCUCGUCCAGCUGGGAGUCGAGCUCGUCCGAAACUGUCGUCGUGACAUCGAUGGUCGAGACCGUCGUGCUCGCCACUAUCACCAGCUUCACCGAGGUCAGCGAGCAAGAUAUCGAGCAAGUCUGCGAGCUCAUGUCGUCCUACGGCAUUGACAUCUCCGAGCAGCAAGUCGUGAGCAUCAUCGAGGAGCACAUGGUCUCCGUCAGCGAGGUUGAGGUCGUCUCCCAGAUCAUGGAGUCCUUCCUCAGCGAAAUGUCCGUCAGCGUCAACGUAUAACCGCUCCCAAUCCCUCUGCACCCCCUCGAAGUCCGCUUAAUGCCUCAGUAUUAUAUGGAAUCCUCUGCGUCCUGUUGCUGAUGGACGUAGGUUAUUCCCACUAAUCCUUUUCUUCGCUGUUCACAUUAUCGAGGGGUCUUCGGUUGUAUCGUGCCGCUGUUUUGUUGUUCCUGUCCGACAUAGGCAUCCCUAUUAUACUUU